UCCGGUAAAAUACUCUCUUUUUCAGGCAUCAGCACAGUGCUGGUUUAGUGUCCAACCCGUAGAUUCCGGCAUGUCCAAGAGGAAGAGCGCUGAACACCGCAACUGUGAGCCUUCAUCAUUGACAACUCCUGCGGAUCAGAUGGUGCCGAAAAAAUGACUCGGGCUCUCUCCAUCCUCGCUUACUUUUUCUCUUUGAUCCACUGUGGCAGCUGUGCAGACUCAGAGGAGCGUCUCAUGAACUGGUUGCUGGGAAAGGAUCGCUACAAUCCGCUCAUCCGCCCAGCUGUCAACAGAACCGAGAGAGUCCCAGUGAAGCUGCAAGUGUCUCUGGCUCAGCUAAUCAGUGUGAAUGAAAGAGAACAGAUCAUGACCACAAAUGUCUGGCUCACUCAGCACUGGGUGGAUUAUAGAUUAUCAUGGGACCCUGCAAAGUACGAAGGUAUCGACAAGCUGCGCAUCCCCUCCAGACACAUCUGGCUCCCAGAUAUUGUACUCUACAACAACGCUGACGGUACCUAUGAAGUUACAGUCUUCACCAAUGCCAUUGUCCUUUUCAACGGCAGCAUCAACUGGCUUCCUCCAGCCAUAUACAAAAGCGCCUGUAAGAUUGAGGUCAAGCAUUUUCCCUUCGACCAGCAGAACUGCACCCUCAAGUUCCGCUCUUGGACGUACGACCACACAGAGAUCGACCUGAUCUUAAAGUCUGAGGUGGCUAGUAUGGACGAUUUUACCCCCAGUGGGGAGUGGGACAUCCUUACGCUGCCUGGCAGACGGACUGUCAACCCUCUGGAUCCCACCUAUGUGGACCUCACGUAUGACUUCAUCAUCAAGAGAAAGCCCCUUUUCUACACCAUAAACCUCAUCAUUCCCUGUGUUUUGAUCACCUCUCUGGCCAUUCUGGUCUUCUACUUACCCUCAGACUGCGGGGAGAAGAUGACCCUCUGCAUCUCCGUCCUCCUGGCUCUCACUGUGUUCUUGCUUUUGAUCUCAAAGAUUGUUCCUCCCACUUCACUGGAUGUGCCCCUGAUCGGCAAGUAUUUGAUGUUCACCAUGGUGCUUGUGACUUUCUCCAUCAUCACCAGUGUGUGUGUGCUCAACGUGCACCACCGCUCCCCCAGCACCCACACCAUGCCAUCCUGGGUCAAGCUGAUAUUUCUAGUGAAACUCCCUGCCUUACUCUUCAUGAGACGUCCUCAAAAUAACUCUGCAAGCCAGAGACUUCGCCAACAGCGGUGUGUACGGGCGAGGAGAUCCAUUUUGGGCUUGGGUUAUCCAGUCGCAUCCAAAACGGGUAUCACCAUGUCAUCUUCUGCCCUGCUGUCUUCCGACUCUGCCUUCUCCACCCCAGGACACAAAAAUGUGGCUCCUCCGCUGGGCUACAGCCACUCCAACAGGAAGGGGGACUUGCGCUUUACUGAUUUCCUUCCCAGUAGUUUCACUUCUAGCCAAGACCUCCAGCAGAGAAGCAAUGCAGACUGGGCUGCUGAUGUCCAGGAGGCAGUGAACGGGGUGCGCUUUGUGGCUGAGCACAUGAUGGGAGACGACGAUGAUCAGAGUGUGAUAGAGGACUGGAAGUAUGUGGCCAUGGUGGUGGAUCGUAUGUUCCUGUGGAUCUUUGUGAUAGUGUGUGUGGUGGGCACCCUGGGCUUAUUUCUCCAGCCUGUCUUCCAGAGUCAGAUUGUUCCCAACCAGCAGCCCAGCUCAGAGACUCCUCGCAUAUGAACACCAAUGAAGAAGGAAGGGCCAGUUUUAUUUUUAUUUUCUUAGCAAUCAAGCUAUUAGGAUAACAACUAUUAUAAGCAGAUGGAUGUGUUAGUAGAACCAUUCUUUUGGUGUUUGGAUUAAGCAAACAUUGGUGGGGUCAAUAGACAAAAAUGUACCACAUGGGCCACAGCAAUAACAUCCUUUACUGCACCUAAUAUUUUGAGGAAAUAGUACAUCUGCCAGGGACCUUAUGUGGCAUCAUCAUUCUCUAUUAUGGUGACAGAGGACAGCUUCAGAAGUGGACUGAAUGUAACCUUCACCUUACUGAAGUAUUCCCAACUGUUGCAGAAAUAAACCCAAUAGUCUGAGAUACGAGGACCAUCUGUCACAUGUUGUUUGACUUCUUAUUUGUGUUUCAGUUAUAUGACCAUUGAAAUGUGAUGUUUGAUUAAAGUAUAAUAUCC